AUGACGAGUAUGCACAAGAAUAGCCUUAGCAUCGACUUCGUGGGUCAGGAGAAACCCGGAACCGGAAGCUGUCUCCUUCCCGACGACGUGCUCGCAGAGAUCCUCUCCUACCUCCCGGCGAAGACUUUCUUCGGACUCCUAUCUGUCUGCAAGACCUUCCACCAGCUCUCGUCAGAUUCCCGUUUCCUCCUUUCACAAUCAUAUCGCAGCAAAGCCAUCUCCGGAUUCUUUGUUAAGUGCUACACUACCUUCAGGUCCUUCCUCCUCGUUGACCCCUGCGCCGAUGUGCCCAGAACCAGCCGUCAAUUUCUGAGCAAGAACAACGCCUUCAUCCUUGGGUCAGCCGGUGGCCUUGUCUUCGUCUUGCAUGAGAACAACGGAUCGUCCAACGCUACCCGUCAUAGCUUGUAUGUCUUCAACCCGGCCCGUAGGACUCGGUAUCAACUACCCACCCCAUCGGGCGAGUGUUCAAGGGGUGGCAUCGCGGUGAGCUUCACGAACGAUGGCGGCAGAGUGACGAAAGAUUAUAAGCUGGUCUACCUCUCACCGACCUAUGAAUGGAGCUCGUUGCACCACUGCCGGGUCUACGACUCGGUGGCCAAUACAUGGACGAUGGACAAGCAUCUCGACUUUGGAGGGAGGGAAAUAGACAUGGAUCACCCGGUGGUCUGUGGCGAGACCGUAUUCUGGGCGUCGGACUUGGGAUCGUACAUGAAGAUUGACCCGUACGUCGUCGCCUUCGACAUGAGGACAGAGUGCACGCAGAUCAUCGCUCUGCCGAAAAGAAGAACCAUCGACUCCUCUGACGUCAUUGGGAUCGCCAAGUGGGAGGGAAAGUCGCUUUGCCUGAUCCAUUACCGUAGGUUUUCUCAGGUGUUCGCUCUGUGGCUUCUGGAGAAGAGAAGCAACGGUGUGCUAGUAUGGGUGAAGAAGCACGAGAUAAGCUUAACCCCGAUGGGGUUCGAGGAACCACUCAACGUGAGCUCCGUCACGCUGAGCGAGGUGGCCACUACCACGCUACUUGUUUUCACGGUAUAUGACGAGGUACACAGCUACAGUAUGAAGGAUGGAGAAAUCAAGAAGCUGGCAUCACUGGGAUUCUAUUACCCAUCGUUGAUCCCUUAUUCUAGUACGCUACGGCCAUGCGGUCAACAAGAUGAGCUGUUGAAAUGA